AUGUCUGAUAGGCUAACACAGCUACAGAUCUGUCUAGAUCAGCUUAUAGAGCAAUUUAAUGCUACUGUACACUAUGUCAAUAUCCAUGCAAAGCCAGCGUUGUUAGAUGAGGAUCCAACGUCAGUAUCCAACAGAGCCGCCAAUGCACCGACUCCUCAACAACAACAGCAGCAGCAGACGCAGCAGCAGCAAUCACCACAGUCUGUGCAGCAACUGCCCAAAGAUGAAGCCAACGAGGAAACGAAGGAGGGGCCGAAGCCUCCUGAAGCUACUGAAGAAGACUUUGAAUGCGCAGUUGAUGAAUUGGCAACUGAUAUCGUAUUGAAAAGUCGACAAAUCAACAUGUUGAUUGAUUCACUACCUGGAAUUGGUGUCACUCCCGAAGCCCAAUUGAAAUUGAUUGCUGAUUUGAGUCAGGAGUUGAAACAAGUGGAACAAGAGAGACAAGAGAAGAUCAAAGAGAAGGAUGAGUUAUUGAUCAAAGUUGACGAUUUGAUUAAGGACUUGGCUACAGGCAUCUCGCAAACAAGAAUGUAA